AUGAAUGCAGGAGCAUGGCGGAGAUGAAUAAGUCCGAGCUGCGGCGAAGUAUAGGAGAGAUCUUGAAAGGCGCUGAUCUCUCCUCAUUGUCAUCAAAGAAGGUCCGAAAACAGCUUGAAGAAAAAUAUGAAGUGGAUCUCACGGAGAGGAAAAAAGAAAUAGAUGAAAUUGUAAUGGAUAUGAUCACAAACUCCAGUCAAACAGAAAGCCAAACAGAAACUGAAGAAGAAAAAGUUGUUGAACAGAAUGGGACAAAACAAGAGUCAAGUUCUGAUGAUGAGGCACCAGAUCCAGAGCCAGUGGCUAAGAAGAAAAAGACAGCUACCCCAGCCAGAAAAAAUACCAAACCCUCCACACCAAGCAAGAAUUCCUCAGAAGAUGAAGACGAUGACGAUGAUGAUGAUGGGGUAGAUGAUGAAAAAUUGGCAAAGAAACUCCAAGAAGAAGAAUCUGCAGGAAGAAGAACCAGAACAAGAGCAGUGAAAAGAAACCCACCAAAAGCUAAACCAAAAAGCACAGAAAAGAAAAAGGGAAGCAAACCAGGACAGUCCAGGUACAGCAAACCAUGUCAGCUAUCUCCAGACCUGGCUGCCAUUGUAGGAACAGAUAAGCUUCCUAGGAAAGAUGUAGUAAAGAGGAUGUGGGAGAUUGUAAAGGAAAGAAAACUGGAGGAUCCCAAAAAUCGUCAGUUCAUGGUUUGUGAUGAAGAGAUGCAGAAAUUGUUUGGUCGUAAAAGAGUGCGAACAUUUGGUAUGAUGAAGUAUCUCAACACACAUAUCUGGGAUGCUAACUGACGCAUUUCAGGUUUUUUUUUUCUUGUGGACUGAAUACAUUAUGCAAGUGGAAUUUGUAUAUAAUGGGACUUAAGGAACACGAAGCUCUGGCGACGCUUUUGCAGUCCCAGUAUUCCCAGAUAAAAAUGACUGGAUAUUUAAAGUGCCUGCAGACUGAACUGCAAGCAACAUCGUUCAUUCCCAGCACAAUGGAACACCUCAGAAUCUGAACUCCUGGCAUUACCAUAUCUGUUUUAUGUGAUGUCAUACCUUGAAUGGGACAUAUGGAAAAAAAAUAAUCAAAGACUCGUAAAUUGGAGAAUUGUCUUAUAUGUUACAUAAGACUUUGGCUAAUGUAUAUUUAAAAUACAUUAUUGAUCUUGACAGUCUUAACCGCAACAUAUUUGCUUACAUUAUCGUCUGUUGACCAGAAAUGCAGAAAUUUGUAGUUAUAUGCAAUUUUGAACUUCACAGAUCUCUCUUUUUACAUGGGAUUAUUUUUUCAACAUUUGACAUUAAUUGAUGUUGAUGAAGACCCCAUUCCCAUACCUAGAUCAAUCUAGUAGGAUUGACCUAUUUUCUAGGGGUUUCUCGCUAAAUUACCUUCAACUUAAGCUGCUCUGAUGUCUGGCACGCCUACUGAAGCUGUUAAGGAGUAACUAACUAUUGUUUAACAGCUUCAUUAGACAUGCCAGACAUCUAUGUCACUUAAUCUGAAUGUAAUUUAGGGAGAAUCCCCUGGGGGACUGGUGGAUCCUUCUAGAUCAAUCUAGGUAUGGGAAUUGGGUCUAAGUUACAGAUGAAUGUCUGUAUUGAAAUUUUAGCUGUUCGAACCUUGCUUUAUGCAAGUGUAUGACAGCUUGUGCAUGGCAUGCAUAACUGACUUAGAAUAAUUAUAGGUUUUUUUUGUUAAAGAUAGUUUUGUUAAUAUGGAUUUUUGAUUUUAAAAUUAUGGUAGAACAUUUAAAGUUGUGCAAACAGCAGUCCAGUUUGCAUUUUCAUCAUGUUAAUGCUCUCUGUUUUUUGAGUGCAGCUUCUUACGCAAUAUUGAGACCAUUUAAUCAUUUUUUCCUUCAUAUGUUUUUGCAUUAGUGCUUCAUGGAGAAGUAAAUGUUUCCAAUGUUUUGUUCGAUCUGCUCCAUAGAACUAAUUGAUUGCCACAAGGCAAUGAAUGUUCUUGUAUUCAAGAUAGAAGCUGGAGUUGGGAGUUGUAGAAUUGUCAGGACUAGCAAUGCCAUGCAGUGUGUUUAUAUAUAUAAAUUUGCUUAAUAAAGAUAAUAAAAAUA